AUGCGGACGCGCGAUCGGGACGCAGACGCGCGAGAGGCGAUGGAGACGGCGGCGAAGACGGUGUCGAAGCUCGCGGCGGACGCCGAGCAAGCCGACUUGGUGGAACUGCUUCGAGAGGCGCCUCGGGAGGCGUAUUCGUUUCAAAACGCGGGAUGGCCGAGCGAUGUGGUGGGUAUGAAGAAGGAGGAACUGCCGGGGGUGGUGCUGGAGCGGUACAACACGCGGCAGUCGGUGUGCUUUUGCGGGGUGCUGCCGGAGAUUUCGCGCGCGUGGGCGAGCGUGGACAACGCGUUGUUUUUGUGGAGGUUGGACGUCGCGGACGACGUGCCGGUGGAGUACAGCGGCGAAGAGCAAGCGAUCGUGGCGGUGGGGUUGGUGAAACCGAAGAGUGGGGUGUUUUUAGAGGCGAUCUCGUACGUGCUCGUCAUCGCGACGACGGUGGAGCUCGUCAUGGUGGGGGUGUGCUUGGAGGACGACGGACGCGAGCUCACGCUGCAUCCGCUGCAGUACUCGUGCCCGACGGACGCGACCAUCAUGAACGACAUCACGUCUACGCCGGAGGGUAGGAUCUUCUUAGCCGGUGCGGACGAAGCGCUUUAUGAACUCGUGUACGCGCAGAGCGACACGUGGCACAGCAAGCGAUGCAAAAAGGUGCGACACAGUCAAAACUUGUCCUCGCUGUUGCCUUCGGUGCUGCGAUUGAAGGGCUCGGACGCUUUGAAACAAGUCGUCGUGGACGCCAAGCGCGGGAUUUUGUACACGCGCAGCGAACAAGGCGUGGUGGUUGUGUACGACGUCGGCGCCGCGGCGAAGGACGCGCCGAGAAAAGUCGCCGAGGUUAAAAACGUCGCGCAACUCGCCGCGCAGGCUCGCGGUCAAGGGUCUCUGUUUGCAUCGGCGACGUCAUCGGUGAAGAAAGGGGCGAAGUUAGUGCACGUCGCAUUGGUGCAUCCGGAGGAGUCGUCCGUCGUGACGUUGGUGGCGAUUUGCGCGGAUGGAAGACGCAUUUACCUCACCGCUCUUCCGCCGUCGCGCGGGUACUCGUACGGCGUCGCCUCGGGUACGGGUAGCUCUCGACAAGGGCCUUCGCGACUGUCCGUGGUCGAACAACGCGACCCGCCGCCGCAAGGAGGAAAUCAGCGCGGUAUGACGACGGCGCAGGCGCUCUUGAACACCACGUCGAGGGCCUUGGAAAUUGAAGCCGGGUUUUACAGCAGCGGCGUUUUGUUACUGUCGGACGCGACGCCGAACGACUCUGACGCGCGAUUGAUACUUUCAAACCGCGACCUGGCGCUACCCCCACACUUGCAGUUGCCGCCGCCGACGCCCCCACCGAGCUCGGGAAGCGGCACUCGCGGUUUGCGCGAAGUCGUCACCUUGGAACAACUUGAAGGGCGCUGCGCGUCGAGUCUCGGAUCGCUCGGUGAGAUUCCUAUGCCAAAGAGCGUACAGGACGCGAUCGAUCCGCCAUACCCCACGGGGACGCUUCCAGAAGCACGUGUAAAAUCGACGGGACUACUCUCUGAGCUCGUCACGCAAUACAUGUGCCCGAGAAGAACGUUUGUGUUGAUGACCAACGCCGGGUUGGUUCGAUUCGAGAAGGCGCGCCCGAUUGACACGUUGAGAAGUGUUCUUGAAAAGAACAUUCCGGAACAAAUCGAGGAGUUCUUUAAGAGUUACGGACCGAUUGAAGCUGCGGCAAUGUGCGUCGCGUUAUCUGUUUCGGGAUCCGAAUCCAACGCCGUGAUCCUCGCCGCGAAGCGGGCCUUUGACGACCCGCGUCUCACCGGCGAGCCGAGCAUCGUGGAGGAUAGCUACGCGCAAAAUCAAGAGAAUAAUGGUGGAUCUUUCAACAUGGGGCGUGCGAUCGUGCAACCGGUGCUGACUUUUUCGUCGGCGCAGCGUGGACUGUACUUGUUCACGGCUCGCAUAAUGUCUAGCACGUGGGAACGAGCGAUCAUUGUGCCCGUUCGCGCGCCCGUUCAAACGAAUUUGAACGGCAACUCGCGACCGCUAUCGCCGGCGAUGAAGAUCGCGAACAAAGCGCUCGGCGCGGUGCAAGCGGCAGCUCGGUACAUGAGUGAAGAACCGGCGCUCAGAUGCUCCUUGGAUCCGACGUUGCUCAAGAAUUUGCACGAUCGCUUGAUGCCGUUGGUGACUUUCUUGAAGCAGCGUAGACCGCGCAUUAGCAGCGGCGCCACGAUGUCGCAGACGAAGCGGCGUCGAGUGCGUUCAUCCGGCAGCGAACUCACGGCACUCCAGGAAGAAGAGCGCAGUCUCUCGGCCCUCUCCGCCUUGGUGAGCCGCACGGCGCAGGCUUUGUCUCUCAUUAGAAUCAUCAUCACUGAUGAACGUUUCUCACGAGUGGCCGACAUGCUUCCCUCGGCGAUUCGCAAGGAGCUGUCACAGCUCACCUUGAAGAAGUUGGUUUCGACGACGCACGGGGCGCGUUUGGCGGGUGCGCUCAUCGAAGCGAUGAUGUCUCACAUAAUGUCUCACGCUCGUCACAGCGCCGAGGAAUUAGCUGCGGAGCUCCAAAAGGGAUGCCCAGACUUUUUCGGCGCAGAUUCGAGGACAUUUUACCACGCCAGAGACUUGUUGCAGUUGGCGCGCGACGCGCGCGCGAGAAAGGAAAACGUCUUGCGCGACCAAUACGUGAACGAUGCGAUCGCUUUAUUCAUGAAGGUGCCGACUUCUGGAGACUUAUCGGCCGUUUGUGCUGAACUUGUCGAUCUUCGCGCGUUUCAUGGCGUCACCGCUGUGCCCCUCGCGGCGGCGGCGGCGCUCGAGGCGCGCGCAGAGGAAGCUCGUUUUACGAUGCAUUCGCAACCGAAUGUGGACAUGGUGGAUCUCCAAUCGUGCUUUGAAGUCACGUGUACCACGAUUCGGGCGCUUGCGACUGGAAGGGCUGAUGCGGACGCUGAACCAGGUUCGCUGAGUCGCGUCGCGGCGGAAGAACUUCCCGAGGACAUUCGUGAACGAGGUCUCGUGAAGAUUCUAGAGCAGCUUCAACGAGUGUCUGGAGCUGACUCACAAGAUUUCAUGCACCGCGUAUUUGCGGAGCUGAUUGCAGUGAGACGCGACGCCAUGCUUUUAUCGCUACCCGCGGCUAUGUUGGAACCGUACUUGGUGAACAAGAGCGCGUUGACGUCUGCGCAACAAGGCGGCGCGCUCACGCCGGAUGAGGCGAGACAUCUCGAUCUCUUGGCGCAGUUGUACGCCGCCCGAAGUCUGUUUGGAUUGGCGGCACAGGUCGAUUGCUCGUUAGCGGAGCGUCGAUGCGCGAACGACGAAACGUUCAGUUUGGACCAGCGCAUGGCUUUGUUUGAGCGCGCGCUCAUGCACGCCAGAAAGUCGGUCGACGGGGGAUUGACCAAUGGUUUGGACACGUCGUUUUGCGAAAACGUCGACAGCAAAAUCAAAUUGCUCGACAUGCAGCGGCGAGUGCUGGGCGUGUGCAUAGAGCGCUCCCGUCAAGCACGCGCCACCGGAUCGUCGAACGCUCCGGAGGAGGCGUUUGUGUACGAAUUGGAGCGCGAGUUGAAGCAACUGAGCGACUUGUACAACGACUUCGCCAAGCCGUGUGAGUUGUGGGACAUCUGCCUCGAAAUGGUGCACUUCUCGCAAUACCACGAUCCGGAUGGCGAGAUUGUGUGUGACUUAUGGGAUAAGCUCCUCUUACAAGCCGCGUCUCGCGCGCCGAGCGCCGCGACGUGCCUGCGGGAAGCCUGCCUCGUGGUUCGCGCGUUGGGCGUGAAGUUGUUCCCAUCGGACGUCGCGUUUCCGGUCAUUCACGUGGCUUUGCGUUUGGAGCUCAUGGCGGCAGGACUGUGGGGUGUUCCCGAUGUCGCAGUCGAAGCGCACGUCGACGAUGAGUAUGACACGAGCGAAGUCGCGGACGCGCUCGUCGUCGCGUGCAAAGGACUCGCAGAGCCCGUGCAACGAGCGUACGACCGCUUGCUCGCGACCCCGGCCCAACGCAUGCACGAUAAGCGUCUGUCGAAAGUGGAUGCGUUACAAACCCCGCGUUUGCGCCUCCGCUUGCUCAGAUCGGUGUACUUUGUGCUCCAGCUUUGGGACCAGUCGCUCGUGCCCAAGGCGACGGCGUACGGCGAACCGAGAGCGUACGCCACCGGAGGCCACGUGCGCGCGGCGAUCGGCGACUUGUGCGUGAGCUACGCCUCGGAAAGCCGACGAAUGCAGUGUCCGAAUGAGGUUAUUCGCGCGAACGCCGAGGAACUCGCCGCCGCUUUCGACACGUUCGGCCGCCGCUUGCUUUCUUCGUAG